CGAGCCGAACCGAGCCGAACCGAGCCGAAAAGAGCCGAAAAGAACCGAACCAGACUCACCGGCUCCGAUGUAAACACGCCGUGGUCCGUGCGCUCUGAGGCUCGGCUGGAAACACGCGCGAAGAAAGGUUCCGUCCCGGCUCCUGAUCCGGAUCAGAGCUCAGGAAUCCAGGACAAAGACCACGACCAGACCAGGACCAGACCAGGACCCCAGAGAGACCAGACUCCACACGCAACAGUUACAACCAAGACUAAACCAGGACUAAACCAGGUCUAAACCAGGACUAAACCAGGAUUAUGGCAGACUCCAGCAGCAGUGGCCUUCCGGACUCCUCCACAGAGUUCUCCUCAGUCCAGGACUACGCCAGACCAGCGCUGCGUCUGGUGCAGUGGGAGGAGCCUAAGAAGUCGGCCGCCGCCUUCCUCUUGUCGCUGACGGUGCUGGUCUCCAUGGCGACGCUGUCCGUCAUCAGCGUGGUGUCGUACCUGCUGCUCACCUGUCUGUGCUGCACCAUCACCUUCAGAGUUUAUAAAGCUGUGAUCCAGGCUCUGCAGAAAUCAGAUGAAGGACACCCCUUCAGGUCUCUUCUGGAGCGAGACCUGGAGCUGACACAGGACUCGUUCCGACAGUUUGCAGAUCAGACUCGGAUUUACCUGAACCGGAUCCUGGUCCAAACCCGGAGACUCCUGUUAGUCCAAGACCUGGUGGACUCCCUCAAGUUCGCUGGAGUCAUGUGGAUCCUCACGUACAUCGGAGCUGUGUUCAACGGACUCACACUGCUCAUCCUGGUGGACGUGGCAGCUUUUACCGGACCUCUGCUGUACCAGAAGAACAAAGUGCAGGUGGAUGAGUUUGUGGAGCGCGCUCAGAAGAAGCUGGACCUGGCUCUGCUCCGGUUGCAGGAUCGUCUUCCUGGAGCCGUCAAGAAACUCAAACCAGAAUAA